AUGGGAAGAUUACCAGGGUGGCAGAAUAGGAGUCUCACUAGUAGUAGUAUUAAGCGGGCAGCGGUAGGGCAAGUGAAACAUUAUAUCUUUGUCAGGCUUAAGCUAAAGGGCAUUAGAGAAAGACAGUUCUUGUUUCCGGGCAUAUCGAUGGGAAUAAGAGCAGCCCUUUCACCAAUAAGCGAUUGGCGGAUGGUGCUAGACCCGUCAGACUCGCUAUCGACUACUCAGAAAGAAAGACUAAAGCAAAAGAAUGGAUUAAGGGAAGAAGCUCAGAUCAAGAUGCCCACUUCUCCUUAUAGACUCUUCACAGUCACAAGUAAGUAUGAGGGAUCCGAGAUCUUUUCAAACAACAAGAACGGAACAUCAGGACUUUUUCUAGUUAGACUUCUCUAG